AUGAACACCACAAAAGGCAUAGUGUUGGGCGGAAUGAUGUCCGCGUUCACCUACGAUUUGCUUUUACUUACAUCCGAAUUCAAAGAGCGACUCAACAAGACUGAGACAAACAUGUUGUGGUUCAUUUGGUUUAUUUCUCUUUUUCUCAAUGCGAGUAUAGUCAAUGGAUUGUCAAGAAAAGAGUUGAAGCUAGCAGGUUUCGUUUGA